GAUAAGAACUCAUACUAAAUCUUAAAUAAAAUGCAUGUGUCUCUCACAAUCAUUUGAACAGGAAUCGUAACCGGUUCCUUUGUUUGUUCGUUUAUCUGUUGACUUGUCACGGUCUGUCGUGUUGUGGUGCUGUUGAGGUUUGCGGCAUGCUGUCAACACUGUUUUAAAGGAACAAACCUUUAGUAAUUCGUUUUAUUAACACGAUAUGAUAGUUCUUAAGCUAUUGCUAUACUUAAAAAUGUUGAACGAAGCUAUUUAGUACCCGUUAGAGAGUGUCGUGGUCUUAGCGAAUGAAUGACUCAAACGUUUGAGCUUCACUUAAAAAUGUGUGAAAAUGUGUUUCUUUCUGGUUGUGCAUCACGAUCAGUCUGAAUGAAACCAAAGCAUCACAAGGUUCAGCUUAGUUUCAGAACUUAAUUUAUCUGAAAGUAAAACAGCAUAAGUGGCCAUGAAUACCAAUUAUUUCAUGAACAAGUUUAAUGACACUGUUUUGAAUGGCUAUAAUGUGUCUCUCUAUAUUAGGGCCUGCAGACAUGUAUAACGCAACCUUCUCAAAAACCCACACCCUUCCCAUCAGCAUUUCACACUUGGUGAAGUCGUGAAAGCGGUUUCCUUUUAUUGCUGAUCUAGAACCAGCCUCUCCACACCAUAUUAACAGUAAUUAAUACAAUAGAAUGGUCUAAACUGACCCCAGGCCAGUGUUAAAUAGAGCAGAGAAGGAGGACACUUAAAAGUCCUGUUUCCUGAUUUUAACCCUCAGUUUCUUGAGACAUCAUUUUGAAACAUUAACUGGCAGUUCUGUCUCUCUUGAGCGCUGCAGGCAUGCUUCUGAGAUCCUCUAUUCCCCAUUCCAUCCUCACCUUAGCUCUGUUAGUCAUUUUGUCUCCCAGCAACUCUGAUCAGAAUAUGGUUGAGGGGGUGGAGUCUGUCAUCGGGAGGCGUGGCUUUUCGGUGAUCUGGAAUGUACCUACAGCUCGGUGUCAGCGUCGAUACAGAGUCUCCCUGCCGCUGCGCCAGUUCAACAUCAUACAUAACUCACAGCAGAGGUUUCAGGGUCAGAAUAUGAGUAUAUUUUAUCAGCGUCGUCUGGGCCUUUAUCCUUACAUCAACCGUCAGGGCUCAAAGGUCAAUGGAGGGCUGCCUCAAGAAGGAUACCUGAUUGCUCAUCUCUCACUGGCCGAGGCGCAGAUCAAUGAAGUGUUGAGAAAGACAUUCAGUGGAUUAGCUGUGCUAGAUUGGGAAGCAUGGCAGCCUGUAUGGAUGUGGAACUUCGGGAAAAGAAUUGUAUAUCGGAAAUUUUCUAAACAGCUGGUUAGGUUGAAACAUCCAGAAAUGUCAGAGGAGGAAGUGAAAUCUGAGGCGAAAAAGGAGUUUGAAUUAGCUGCAAGAGUGUUUAUGCAAGAGACUCUGCGUCUUGGUGUUCACCUCUGCCCAGAGGGAUUAUGGGGGUUUUAUGGUUUUCCCAGUUGCUAUAACAAUCAUGGCCAAGGACAGAGCGGAUACACGGGGCAGUGCCACAAUGGAACAGAGAUUCUCAAUGAUAGAUUGGGAUUUCUAUGGAAACAAUCCACCGCCUUGUAUCCCAGCAUUUAUUUGUGGCGUAAGCUGGCCGGGCACCCACACGCUCAACUCAUGGUGAGACACCGUGUACUUGAAGCCCUCCGAGUGGCAUCCCAGCAUUCACCUGGCACCGAGGCACUUCCUGUUUUUCCCUACGCCAGAGUGGCGUUCACACACACAUUGGAGUUUCUAAAUCAGAUGGAUUUGGAGCACACACUAGGUGAGAGUGCUGCUUUAGGGGCCGCUGGAGUUGUGUUAUGGGGCGAGCUGAGUUUUGCCAAGUCCAAGGAGCAGUGCGCUCUCUUGCGUGAUUACAUCAGCUCAGUAUUAGGAGAGUAUAUCACCGCCCUGCAGGCUGGUGUGAUGAACUGCAGUAAGAAAAUGUGUAACGCCGAGGGACGCUGCGCUCGACGGGACCCUCACUCAGGUUACAUGAUCCCUCUACAUAAUACCCAUGAAGCUCUUCCUCUCAGUGACAUGAGGUCAAAGUUCAAGUGCAUCUGUUAUGAAGGAUGGAGCGGAGAACACUGUGAACAAAGAAAUUCCUAAGAACAGAUGUGCUAUUUCUCCUACUAUUAUAAAACCACGCAAUAAAUUAUAGUGAUUUUGAUUCAUCCAA